AUGAAAGGAAACAAUGGUUCUCAGCUGCGGGAUGCGACCAGAGCGGUCCCUCCGGCCGCAAAGGCCUUCAGAUGGGACGAGGCAAAGACGCAAGCUCUCGUCAACCUGGCGAAGAGCGAUCCAUCUUACCUCAUCCUAUUCGCCUCAUCGCAAGAUGGUCAGACGAGGGAGCGUAGCGCAGCCAGCUUCCAGUUGAUCAUCCGCUUCUUUGAGAGGGCCGACAAGUCAUGGCUCGGAGAUAUGGCAAAAAGAGGGUUAAUCGAGAAGGAUGGGGAGUCGGGAUGGCGGCGGACGGAGGCAUGGCUCGGGACGAAGCAGAUGGAAAACAACCCCGUCAUGGUCAAGAUCAAGACGCUGAGGAAGAAAUACCAGGAACUGGUCGACCAGGGAGUGGCACAAGAAUGGUCCAGCUGGGACGAUGCGCCGAAGUCACGGCACACCACCGGCCAGAUGCAAUGCCCGCUCUUCUUUGAAUUGCGAAAGCUCUACAACAGCGCCGAGAGCAUUGUUCUGCGCACCCCAGCAAGGGCGGACGACCACGGCGCAGGCGACGGGAGCGGUGCCGGAAGUGACGCGAGCGCACCACCGGCGGAAUCGCCCUCUCGGCGCUUUGGAAAGGCCACAGUGCGCACACAACCGCAGCUGGCCGCAGCAAGCUCGCCGCAAUCCAUUCUUAAUUACACAACACCCAUACCCGCGUCGAUUCCCAAACCGCCUCGUCGACUUCCCAGUUUCAAGAAGAUCGGCCAGGUCGAAGUCCCACCCUCUCCUACCGCCAUCCCGCCCGAAUCCCCUCUUUCACCCCUCGACCGCAAAGUUUUCCUCCCCAUGCCCAAAUCCGAGGCGCCUGGGGAGGUCUUCCAGAAAGCAGUCCUCGAGGACCUGUUCUGCUCCAGUCCUUCGUAUCCACUCCUCAAAUCGGAACCGGCGGAGACCAAGCCCGAGAUGUGGGACAUCAAGCCCGACCCGGGGUUGGUGUGCUCAAUCAUGCGCGAGUCUCCGCUCGGCCCCUGGGAUCCUAAUCCUGCAAAGCCGCAGGGUUCGCGUCAAGAGCGGGAUACAAAGCCUGAGCUUGCCGCCAAGGUCGAACCGACACUUGAGGACCUCUUCCGAGACAGCUCGGAGGAACCGGAGGAGGAGGAGCCAGAGCAGGAGGAAACGGAGCCACAGUUCCCACUGCAGCCCGAGCCUGCGUCGCGGCAGGCGAGCUGUCUCCCGGACAUCGUCGAAGCCGAAGUUGAACGAUACAUUCAUAGUAUCGACUGGAGUCACCUUCCCACCAAUGUCUUUUUGCUCGACGCCUUACAUACCGAUGUCCGCGUUCGAUCAGCGCUUCUCCCGGACCUCUACCCAGCAGAACAAAUCGUUUUCGGCAAGCUCAAGCGGAAAGAGGAGUGGAAGGUCUUGAGAGACCUCUACGUCACUAUCGUGGAGUCCUGUCCCGGUGGCAGAGAGUGGAUAGAGCUAGCUGAAGGCUGGCGGUGGAUCGGAUACAAAGAGCUGCCGGAGAAAAGUGGAAAGGGUGAGAAGGCAAAACCAAAGGAGAAGCUCAAGGCGACGAUGGACUGGCCGAGAGGUGUCGAGUACGGCUUCUCAGAGAGGCUUGAAGAGUUGUCCGACGCCUGGGCACGCGGCACUUUCGAGCGCGAUGUCGGAGACGCACUGCCUGCUCGUGUCGAUGGCAAAUCUUGGUCAGACAUUAUGCACGGAAUCUUCGGCGCCAGUGAGGCGAAGUCAACCCCGGCAAGGUCGAGUCCUGCGAUCGCGCUAGGUACGGAGUGGAGCGAUGAUGGCAUGUCUGCACUCGGCUCUCCUCGGUCCGACGCCCCACUCGCGCCCUCGCUCCGGCAACUCCUCGAGAUCGCCCUCCCGGUCCCCGCCAUCGACCCUGCCCUUGACUUCCGACUCCCUUCUCAGCCCGCCGGUGGCGCCUAUCUCCAUUCCCCGCUUCGAUCCCCAUCGCCGAUCAAGAUCAAACAAUCCCCACAGGCCGUAGCGGGCCCUUCGGCCCAUCCCACACCUUCCACAUACAAUGCGGAACCGACUCUCAAGCGGAGACGUUCUCUCUCGCCGCUCCGUCAACGCUCACCUGUGCCGCGCAUGAGGCAAACGUCGUAUCAUGAGGAAAACCGCACGUCGUACACGGAACACCAGCUACCUUCGCCACCCCCAUCACACCACGGCGACGGGUAUCGGGACCGACGCUUGUCAUCGCGCGACGAUGAUGAUGCUUCAUCCCGAUCACAUCACCGGGAGGAAAGCUUGCCUGAGCGGUAUCUUGCAGCCUCAACGUACCGGCCAGCUCCAUCCCCGAGCAAGGACGGCGACACGGGCGCACAAACUUCGCCGAUCAUCAACCCGGCUGAAUCCUCUACCCAUCGUUCUCGUCCGAGAUCGCGGUCAGUCUCGUCGAGUCCAGCGCGGAGCCAUGACGGCGGUGCGCGCUGGCGACCUGCGGCUCGCUCGUAUCGUCAGUGGUGGGACAUAAUCGAUUUUGCGUCGAGGCGGUCCUUCAGGGUUAGGGAUCUCCCUACAAGGUGGCUGAAGCUAUACGACGCCGCAGAGGAUAAAGACCUCGAGGAGGAUUACUUCGAGCUGGGCAGAGCGGAGAUCUAUAUGGAAGGCAUCAUGGGUGCAUGCGCUACCAAGAAAACCCGUCCUUGGAAAAGUUAUCACUAUGUGACGACUGAUGACGGUCAUAUACCCUCGAGGCAGAUACGAGAUAUGCUGCAAGAUCUGGUAUUAGAGACAGGAGGGACAUUUGUCAGUCACGCAGAGCUCCAAAACCGCGGCAAGCGGGAUUGCAAGACCUAUCUUUUCGAGAUACAGUUAUACGAGGAGCGAGGGCAGAGGAAGGACAUGGCCAGUCUCAAGAAAGGCAUGAUCCACAGAGUCGGUCUCAAGGAAUAUCUUGACGAGGUCGCGCGGGUCUCAGGUGCUCUCGCAAAGUUCGCUCUUCAACUGCCCAUUGGCUCUGCAUAUCACCAAGAAUCAGCGGAGACGACUGCCCGGCAAGAGAAUCUCCUUGCUUUGACUCUUGUUGUCUUCAACAUCCGCGAAAGGUCCACUCUCAUCAUCCAGUCAUGCCUGCCCAAUCGUCGUGCCGGGCGUGUCAAGCGCGGGCGGCAAGCUGAUCUGUGUAGAUGGGACCUCGAAGGGCAAAAAAAGCUAUUAGCGGCGAUCAAGGCGAACGCUGCGUUCCGGAACUUCUUCUUCCCCGGGCAGCAUCCGGCUCCCGCGAAAUCUGGUCAAAAGGUGGCUGCCCUCUUCACUUUGACCAUUCAGCUCCGCCGGGAUAAUCAAGCUUGGAUGGACGAUAUGGUAGGGCGAGGUCUCAUCGAGAGUGAUGGAUCGGGCUGGAAACGCGGAGAAGCAUGGACGAGUCGGCAUAGCUGGAACUCGCCCGUCUACACCCAAAUCAGAAAACUCAUAGACGAUUAUCAGCUGUCUAUAUCGCGGGGGAUGAGGCAGGAAUGGACAUGUUGGGCGGACGUUCAGGCUGUUAAUGCGGUGUUGUAUAAUACCGUGAAAAAGCACAACCCCUUGUUUUUCGAGAUUAAGGGGGUGUUUGCGCUCUCGGAACCGGCGGCGCCGUCCACGUCGACCUCGCCUGCGCCUCUGCAACGAGGUAAAGCAGCCAAGGUCGCUAACCCGGGGGUCAAGAAGUCACCACUCGCCGCCAAAUCAGCGCCAGGUUCCUCGUCGAGAGCGAUACAGGUCAAGCCAGGCCAAGCGACUGCUGCGGCGUCGUCGGAUUCGGAAUCAGACUUCGAGAUCCUUGCCAACAUGCCCCGUCACGCAGCAAAGCGCAGGCGGCUUGAUCUUCCCAGAGCUACCUCAUCCUCCUCCGAUGAGUGGCGCGAGGCUCUGAAUCGACCUACCCCGCCCCCCAAAAAGCAGCCAGCUCGGACCCGGAUCGGUCAGACGCAGCAGCCAUCGAAUGAUCCGGCGGCUGGUGGCCGCACUCGAAACUCUUCUGAUGGAGAUGCCAGCAGCCUCCGUCACAGCACAGAUCUUUCCACGCUCGUCGAUGAAUCCGUCUUGGCCAAGUCCGAAUCGGGCCCCGACGCUUCCUUCGCAACGAUGCCCCUGCCUUCCUUGUCCCCAGCGCCCUCCAAUUCCAUCACACAAGCCCCCUUAGCAGCCACCUCAGGGACCCCAUACUUCAAACCGAUCGACUGGACCGACCCCAAAGCGACCUCCCUCCUCCUAAAGACUCUGCACCGCCACGAGAAACACCGCCAUGUCUUGAUGCCAGCACGGUAUCCCGCUCCAAUUGGCGAAAGCAAGAAGGACGGCUGGAAGCUUAGCCCCCGUGAAUGGAAAUGGGCCGGAAAAUUGGACGGUGUAUGGAAGGCGACGGUGGAGUGGCCGGAGAAUGUGGAUUAUGGCUUCACCGAGAGGCUUGAGGAGUUGUCCAUAUCCUGGGCAGACGGGACCUUCAAGCUUGAAGCUGGGGGUCUCGACGCAGUCUUUGGGCCAGCCGGUACUGUUCAGUAUCGAACGGCAGAUCCUAUACCUCAGCCGCAGCUCGAGCUAGCGUCGACAAAUAGCUCCUACAUCUCCGCCGACGGCAGUACCACUCGCCACCUUACUCGAGCGUCACUGCCAUCUUCGAGUUUGGAGCAGGAAUACCGCGAAACUCAGCCAAAGCCUCUCCAGGCUCCUCCAACCGGUCCCCGUGCGGAAAGGCGCGGUGCCUACAUGCCUAGAUCGACCUCCCCUGGAUCGCACGACUUUGCCUUCGAUGCCCAAGAGCGACUAUCGCACCCUAUCCCGCACAUCACAGCAUACACUGCACCCUCGCUACCGUAUAGCGCAGCAUCCGGAGGUAGCAGCUCGAGAUGGCCGCAUGCUCUACCUCCGUCUUCCGCUCCGCCGCCACCUUUCGUAGCGGAAGAGCGGCCGAAGCCGGCCGCCAAGCUGGGGCUCCUACGCCGGGAGGAUUACUUCGAGAUGAUGGCCAUAGCGACCAAUCCGAGCUAUGGCAAGGCCGACCUGCCUCGGCGCUGGGAAGAGGAAUUUGCAAAGGCGAGGAGUAGGGAGGAUCAGGCGGAGAUUUUGGAGUUAGGCAAGGCGGAGAUUUUCAUGAAGGGCAUAAUGGGAGCCUGCGAGACAAACCGACACCGAGCUCGGCCUUGGUGCACUUGGCACAAAGUGGCAUUUUUGGAUGAGUCAAUCGACUCACGCGCCGUGCGCGGUAUCUUUGAGGAGUUGCUGUCUACGACUGGAGGCAAGCGAAAGACCCACAAAGAGAUCGCAACCCGCGAUACUUUCUACCGCAUCGAAUCCCACCGCUUCGACCUGCGACUCAUCUCCACUUCGAAUCGCGCACUUCGAGAGCAAAUGCUGCAGGAUGGAGCUGCCGAGAUACAUCACGGAGGACUGAUGGAGUACCUCUCCAUCGUAGCGGCAGCUUGCAUUUGA